UUAUGAUAUAUUGAUGGGAUAAAAUUUCAUUCCCUCUUUAAAGAUCACAAUCUCUACUUUGCUCUGUAGAAUCUCCUAAUUUCUAGUGUUUGCUGUUGCUUCAGAACGCACUUACACAGCACCUAGAAAGUGGAUGAAGGGUAAAGGGCGUGUGACUAUCCAAUGUUGCUGUUAUAAUUAUGCUACUGAUAAAAAUGGUAACCCACCAGGUAUUCUGAAACGCGGAGAAGUUGAUCCCUUACCUUCUCUUUUUAAAGUGAUAAUCAAGAGGUUGAUCAGAUGGCAUGUUCUUCCCCCGUCCUGCAUUCCUGACAGCUGUAUUGUCAACAUUUAUGAAGAAGGAGACUGCAUACCUCCACAUAUCGAUAAUCAUGAUUUUGUUCGGCCAUUUUGUACUAUUUCUUUUCUCAGUGAAUGCAAUAUAGUAUUUGGAACAGACUUGAAGAUUGAAGCCCCUGGAGAAUUUAGUGGCGCUAUAGCAAUACCCUUGCCCGUUGGAUCGGUUAUGGUAUUAAAUGGAAAUGGUGCUGAUGUUGCCAAGCAUUGUGUUCCUGCAGUACCAUCUAAGAGGAUUUCUAUUACUUUCAGGAGAAUGGAUGAAUCAAAGCGGCCUGUGGAUUAUUCUCCCAUACCCUUGCAAGGACUUGAACCAUUAUAUUAUGAUGAUGAUGGAGCAAAGAAAUCACCCCCUCAACAUCACGUAAGCAGGCAAGGAACAAGAGACGAGUUCAGGUCAGAGAAGAAGAGAGAUGAAGAGCCUCGAUAUUCAGCCAGGUUUCGGGUUGCCAUGAGAGGUCCUAGAAAUAGGGUAAAUUUGGGAGGUAGCUGAUAUGUAGAAACGUCUCGUGGCUGAUAUGUAGAAACGUUCCGUGGUUUCUCAUCCCAUAUUUUAUCAAUUCCUGUUGAAUUCUCUGUGUAUAUAUAUGUACUAAAAGUUGGCUAUUAUUUUAUUACCAUUUUUGUUUAUGAAUCAAAGAGUUUUGAAGGCAUUUCUUCAAAUCUGUCUAUUGUAAAUUGAGGAAAAUGUAGUGUCAAAAUAUUUGUUUUGUUUUAAAUUUUUUAUGGAGAGAUUUAUAUUAGAUCUUAAAUUUUUGCUA